AUGGAGGCCGUUAGAGCGGCGGAGGGUCAGGAUGAUGAUGCCUCUGGGGCUGGAGUUGUUCAGUCUACCUCUCCUGCCGCAUCGAGGGCGGCUCCGGCGACUUCGAAGGACACUCCCUCGCAAUCUGGCGUGAGGCCACAGACGGGAGUUCCAGCGGCUUUUGUGUCCAUAUCAGGAGAUGCGGUUGAGAAAGUGAUCUCCAUUCCUUCUGACGAAGAUGAGGAGGCUGGGAAUGAAGAGGGGCCCACAGGCUCAGCUGAUCCUGCCCCUGAAGUCGUUUGCAAAGAGGAUCCUCCCUCUUGGGCGAGUCGCUCGUCUGGGGAGACGGGCGAAUCUGAGGAGGAUGACGACGUCUCGGUUCAUGAGAUGUUAUCCAGUGAGGAAGAGGUGUUGGCUCAUGAGGAUGCGCCUGGCCAAAUAGAGAGAUCUCCUGCUCCUGCGGAAGCGUCGGCUGGGGAUCGUCCAUCAGCGCGAGAGUCUCCGCUUCAAAGGGAGGCUUCUACUCUGCAAGUGACCACCCGCUGCUCCGAGGGCGUCAUUGGUACUUCAACCGUGAUUUCCUCCAUGGUGGAGGAGGCUGCCCUCUAUCCCUUGGAGCGCGAGCGAAAAAGGAGUGCGACACGAUCCUUGGCUGAUUUCCAAGACAAUCUAGCCGGCUGCAUCAAGCUCGCUUUGGAGGAGAGUUGUCCCUUCGAGAGUUUUGAAGAGGAUCUCGACUACAUCGUGUGCUUCUUAAUCAAGAGGCUUGGCCAUACUACAUCGAAGCCCUACUUCCAGCGUAAGGAGGAAGUGAAGGAAGCUGUUCAACGGUUACUUGCUCUUCGCGCGAAGAGUUCCACUCUUGUGGAUCUUGCAUCCAGCGAGGUCCGAGCAGCAAUGGAAGAACGCGAUCGCCGUCUGAACGAGACCAUGUCACUAGAGGCAAGAUUGUCAGCAGAGUUGGAGCAGGCCAAGGCUGAGGAUGAACGAAUGGCCCUCGAGCAACAAAAGGCCAAUAACCGCGUUUCUCGCUUGACUUCGGAGGUAGAGCAUCUGAAGCAAGUUAUAGCUAAGGUGCAAGCCUCAUUGGCCGUUCAAGAGAAGGCUCGUGAACAGGCAGCCAAGGAAUUGGAGAUCAUUGAAUCCCAUCGGACACUGACGGCUAAUUCCGUUGAGGAAAAGGAUCGAGCCUAUAGGGAGAUCAAAGAGACCGUCCAAGACUUGGCCUCACGCACUGAGGAGGAUCUUCGCCAAGAGAUCCUGAGGAGGCUAGAGUUUCGUCAUGCUAGGGAGAUUCGUGAGGCGGAACUGCGGUUGAAAGCCUUGUAA